UUUAUCGUGCGAUUAUUAAAAGCCUCAAAUUUAUUAUCAUUUAUAUAUUAUCUCUCUCUCUCUUUCUCUCCUUUUUUUCUCUAUCAUUUUUUUUUCUUUUUUUUUGUUUUAACGCAAGAAUUAAUAACAUUAAAAACAAAUUAUGAGAUUAACCAAUUAUUUAUUUAAAAGAGUAGCAGAAUGGACGAAGAAAUAUUCGAAUUUACCUGAUUCCUAUAUAGAUCGUACUAUGCGACAGGUUUAUUGGCGUACACCUCGAGGUAAACCACAAUAUCUUCCACGUACUCAUGAACGUAAACGUUAUUGGUUUUCCAUUUAUAAACCAUGGACGAAUAAUUUUAAAAUGGAAAAUAUUAAACCUUUGUUACCCGAUUAUAUACAUAUAGAGCCUAUAAAAGAUUGGAGUUUUUUUCGUGGCGACAGAGUUGAAAUAUUAAUAGGAAAAGAUAAAGGUAAACAAGGUAUAGUAAAAGAAAUAAUACAGGAAAGAAAUUGGGUUAUUGUGGAAGGUCUUAAUACAAAAUUGGAAUGUAUUGGAAAAACUAAAACAUUUCCUGGAAUAUAUAUAUCAGUAGAACAACCAUUAUUAGUUACCAGAGAUAUUCUUUUAGUAGAUCCACAUGACUUAAAUGGUACUCAAAUAGAAUGGAGAUAUACAGAUGAGGGUAAUAAAGUACGUGUAUCUGUUAGAACUGGUAGAAUAAUUCCAAUGCCUGAAUCUGCAUUGGAAACGAUAGAUUAUAAACAUCCAAAACUUUAUAAAGAACAAAGUAAAGAUACUACCAAAGAGGAAGUGACAAAAGUAACGUUUAAACCGGCUUUAAAAACUUUCGAAAUGGAUAUUAUGGAUAGUAUGGAUAUCAAGGAAGAUCGUACAUCUAAAAAAUCGUAUUGGUAUUAGAUUAUAUUAUUGUAUAAUAUAUUCUGGUAAAAAGAGAGCCUCUAAAGAGGGUACAAGGGGGAUGUGGGAAACUAUUAUGAAAAAUAUUCAGUAUUAUUUACGCGUUACGCAGUUAAACAAUUUAACUACGACGGUAAAUAUGACUUAAUUAGCGAGGAUUUAGGAUUGAACUAUACGAGCUAUUUAAAUGAUCGAUAGUAUUAUUGCACUGAGUCAGCACUAAUUUUUUUAAGGUUAUGUU